AUACCAAUAAUAUUUCCGCCAAAAAAAAAUCGAACUUAGAUGAUGAGGCUUUUAAGAACCAGCUACAAAUUUCUCUAUACUUCUCUCGAAAUCCAUUUCCGGAAAUAUGAUUUCCCUUUGAUUCCCAUUUCGUACAUCCACAGCUCUACCAAAAUCCAAUAUCCGAAUUCAAAGUUCGAUGUUGUUCUUAAUGAGGUUGCUGAGCUCAAUUCUUCAAAACCCAGUUCCCACGGCGGCCAAUCACCGCCGGAAGUCGUCGUUCCGUUUGAUCAUGAGAGAACCACGACGCGGAAUGAAUCAACGGUUCAGAUUUCUCAUCCGUGGCAGGAAUGGGUGGAUUUGAUGGAAUGCUUAUUGAGGAGAGGCUAUUUCGAUGCAGAUGGGAACCCUUUUGAAAAUGGUGAAUUGGGUUCGAAAGAAGCCAAUAGUAUCCGCACAUCUUGCCUUAAUUUCGCUAGAGAUCGCUUUAGUCUUAUAAGGUACUUCUCAAGGAAAGAUGUUCAGGUCAUUGUAGGAUGCGGAUGCCCGAGCCUUGAUAGGAAAGUUGUCAAUUCUGGGAAGCGCUUAAGAGCUCAUGUGGGCAUUGAUGAAGGAAAUGUAUGCAGCUCCUGCAAUUUGAGAGGAAACUGUGAUAGGGCGUAUGUAAAGGCACGUGAAGACGAAGGUGGAAGGACCGUGGAUGUGAUGCGCAUUUUAUUGACCUACUGUCUCGACUCUGUCACCGGUUCUGUCGAGAACAAACUAGUUCAAAACAAAUUAAUUAAAGAAUCGGUAAGACGACUGCUGAAAGAAAUGGUUGAUUAUGGCAGAGAGGAUCAACGAGCUGACAUGCCAAAUGCUGCACCCUCAAGAGGGGAUGCUUCACGACACGAUCAUUCAAGUACGCAAGGACAAAUAAAAGUUCCGAUGAAGCCAGGCGAUUGGCUUUGUCCCAAAUGCGACUUCCUAAAUUUCGCAAGAAACAUCAAGUGCUUGCGCUGUGACGGUUUUUUCGAAGAAAGAUUGAGGCAACUACGGGAAGAUCAGGAUCAUCUGCCAUUAAAGAAGGGAGAUUGGAUAUGUAGCAGAUGCAACUUCCUGAAUUUUGCAAAGAAUACAAGAUGUCUGCAAUGCAAAGAGAAACCUCCGAAGCGACAUCUCAAUCCUGGGGAAUGGGAAUGUGAAUCGUGCAACUAUAUUAAUUUCAGACGAAAUAUGAUAUGCUUGAAAUGUGACCACAAGCGGCCAAAAGUCUCGAAUGCUUCAAUCACAUCCGCUGGUGGAUUCGAAGGCAACAUCGGUAAAUUCGAAGGGCAAGACAGAAAGCGAUAUGAAAGUUCAGAUAGAUGGAGAUUUGUACAUGAAGAGAACGAAGAUGAAUGCUUAGAUUCAGGGACUGAGAAUUCAAAGUUCUUUGAUUUCCCCAUUACCAGAAAUAAGCCUACCGUGCCACCUGAAACAGACGGGAAAUGCAAGUCAACGUCGGAGACGAACAAAAAUCCCACAAGGGUAAUGCAAAACGAUGAAUCUAAAUGCAGCGACAGCCGGAGAAAGUCGGAAUUGCUCAAAUCUUCAGACGACGAAGAGAUGGAUGGGUGGUUUCGACUUUCCCAUAAUUUUUUUGGGGUUUCCCCCUCUUUUGAAAUUAAGGAAACUGUAGCUGUUUCUUCUUUCUCCCCCCCUCCUUUUGAAUCUCGAAGAUUGAGAGAACUGAUGGGUACAGAAGGAUCAAGUGUUGUUGUGCCCAGGAAUUUCAGAUUGCUGGAAGAGCUUGAGAGGGGCGAAAAGGGAAUUGGGGAUGGAACUGUUAGCUAUGGGAUGGAUGAUGCUGAUGAUAUAUACAUGCAGUCAUGGACUGGGACUAUUAUUGGCCCCCUUAAUACUGUUUAUGAAGGACGCAUAUACCAAUUGAAACUGUUCUGUGGCAAGGAUUAUCCAGAUAAUCCACCAAGUGUGAGGUUCCAAACACGGAUAAAUAUGACCUGCGUAAAUCAGGAAACCGGAGUGGUUGAACCUAGCCUUUUCCCCAUGCUUGCUAAUUGGCAAAGGGAGUAUACAAUGGAAGACAUAUUGAGUCAGCUGAAGAAAGAAAUGAUGUCUCCACAGAACAGGAGGCUAGCUCAGCCUCCUGAAGGCAACGACGAGGCAAGGCCUGACCAAAAGGGUUUAGCGAUGAAGUGUUGCAUCGUUUGAAAUCACCGGAGUUGCAUGUGAACAUUAUGUAUAUAAGAAAAUAUAUACAUUAGGUAACUCCAGCAACAGGCUUAGUUAUGAAAUGUCAAUGGUGGUGAAAUAAAUCAAGAAUUCUUAACGAAUCCGAUGACAUUAAAAAACUGCACAAGUUAUGCUAGUACCGUAUCAAAGUUGGUGUGCACAUUUUAUUAUUUUUCUCUUUUAUUUCCUCGUUUGUUUUCCAUUUCCAUAUCAUGUAGUUAAGAACGAAUCCGAGGAGAAAGAUGAAGCUGGGAUCUUUACUGGUUUGAGAUAAUUGUUAUGUUCCCCUCUCUGUCUUGUGCUUUCUCUUGGAUGAUGAGAAAACUGUACCCUCAUAAGUUUAUUAUUUCCAACAAUGUUUGAAUUACAGUUCCAUUUUCAUUCA